AUGGUUCAACCACGCAUGCUUUCAAGAGCCGAGGAGACUACUGGCGAUGAGAAUGAGGUCCGUCGUGAGGAUCAGGAGAAGAUUAAUCGGUUUAGCCGAUUGCAUCAGCGCGAGACUGUAUUGGAGGAGCAAUUGAAAGCGAAGCAGAAGGAUAAGGAAGAUCUUGAGGAGCUUUCUAUGGAACUUGAGUUGGCUGAUGAGGAUGAACUUGUUCCGUACAAAAUUGGCGAUUCCUUCUUCCAGCUUCCUCUUGCGGAUGCACAGUCUAUGCUCGCUACUUCCACAGAGCAGAUUGAUGCGGAUGUUGCCAAGCUGGAAGAGUCCAUUUCUGAGCUUCAUGAGGAGUUGCAGCAGCUCAAGGUUGCCCUGUAUGCUCGCUUUGGCCGGAGUAUCAACCUGGAGACAUAA